UUCCCUUUCUAAUAUAUCUUUUUUGAGAUGGAGCAACUAGCACUGCACACAGUUCUCAAGGAGGACAGUAUUGAUCAUGACUUCCACAAAGGAGCAGGCAGCCAUCAGCAGACUGAUGGGGUUCUUGCAGGAAUGGGACAAUGCUAGCAAAGCUGCUCGUAGCCACAUGCUGGAUAAUUUCAUUAAGGCAAAUCAAGGAAAGACAGGGCCAGAGUUGGAGCUGGAAUUCUCACAGGGAGCCAGCUUGUUUCUGGCCCGCCUAACAUCAUGGCUGAGGCUGACCUACAUGUAUGGAAUGUACCUAGAUCAGCAGCUAAAGUCCAUUGGCAUCUUUCUGUCAGCUGCAAGUAGCCACAGGUAUCUUAUUGAAUUUCUGGAGGUUGGAGGUGUCCUGACUCUCCUGGAAAUACUAGGUCUGAACCAACUGAAGGAAGAGGACAAAAGGGAGUCGAUAAAGCUACUCCAACUUGUAGCAAACGCUGGCAGGAAGUAUAAGGAGCUCAUUUGUGAAAGUUAUGGUGUGAGAUCAAUAGCUGAGUUCUUGGCCAAUUCCAAGUCAGAAGAGACUCAAGAACAAGUGCAAAUUCUGUUGGAUUCUUUAGGCCACGGCAAUCCCAAGUAUCAGAACCAAGUAUACAAAGGCCUGAUUGCUUUGCUGCCAUGCACAUCCCCCAAAGCCCAACAGCUGUCUCUGCAGACACUCAGAACUGUGCAGGCUAUCGUGGGAUCAGCCCAUCCCAGCAUUGUAGACGCUGUGCUGGGCGUGCUCAGCUCAAUGCACUUGGAAGUUCAGUAUGAAGCCAUUCAGCUGGUAAAGGAUCUCACGGCCUAUGAAGUCCGGCCAGCGCUGCUGAAGGGUCUGGUUGAAUUACUUAAACCACCAGGGAAAGAGACUGCUAGAGUGAAAGGCAAAGCCCUGGAAGAUCCAGCCACACUCCAUCUUCCUGAGCCCUUGUCGGUGUAUGUGCAGCAAGCCGCUGCAGCAAAAACCAUAGGCAUCCUAGCCCAGGAAUCCACCAAACUGGCUGAAGAGAUGAUCCAGCUGAGAGUGGUGCAUGGCCUUAUGUGUGCUAUGGGGAACCAGGAUCAUACCACCUGCCAGAGACAGGCCAGCAUCUCUCUAGAGUAUUUUGUCCGGACAUUUCCCAUUGUGGAGGAGCAUGUGAGGAAGGCAACAGGAGAGACUCUGUUCCAGCUUUUUAUGAGAGAUGCCAAGACCUUGUACAUGAACAUGGAUGCAGUACAGGUUGAUAUUCUGGCAUCGAAUAAAGUGAACAUCCCAGGAAGUUUAGCAAGCCCAGAAGGGAUGCCGCCCAUGGAAGAGGAAGGAAGCACGGAAUGAAAACUUCUUACAACAGAAUGAGGUCAGCUCCUCUGCCUGCCUCUUUCCCCCCUUCCAUGCUCUCUGCCUCCCUCUCGGGCCAUGCCCGUCUCUAGAGCCCUGCAAAUCUGCUUGAUAGCCGCAUCUUUGGACCAUUUCUGCAGAUAGCAGGGCUCUGAUGGUAAGAGCUGGGUGGGCAGCUGUGAGGAACUGCAGCACAGAUCCUCCACCUGCCCUGGGUGCGGGGCUGGGACAGGAGGCUGGGGGGCAGGGACACAGGCCAGGGGCUGCUUGGGCCCUCCACCCAGGGCAGGUGGAGGGUCUGACAGCGCCUCACAGCUACCAGCAUUGCUCUCCCUGACCCGGCUCCGGCCGGUGGGGGCAGCUCAGAGCCGCAGCCUGGGCUGUAGGAGUAAGAAAGAGCCGGGUGGGCAGUUGUGGAGAGCCACAGGGGACCCUCCAGCUGCCCUAGGUGUGGAGCCAAGCACCCCCCUGACCAGGGUCCCAGCCACUUGCCCAGGAUCAGUGUCAAAUUGUUCUACAUUCCAAGAGAAACUGGAAGUCUCUUUCUUAAACUCAAAGCUUUUUAAAUUAUUUAGAUUUAUUUAAAAAAUUUUAUGUAAAGUGAGGGAUUAUUUUUUGCUCUUUGUGAAACCAUCAAAUUAAACCUAGAAAUGCUUUCAGCUCCCGUUAUGUUGGUGAGAGUAUUUUUCCAGUGUGGUACAUUUUGUCACAGAUAUUAAUCCUGCUGUUUGGCUCAAUAUGUUUAUCAGCAUGAGUUACUUGCCAAUUCAAUGUUUAUAUAAUAA